AUGGCUUAUCAACAACACCCAAGCUCUUCGUUUCAACCUUGCGACACCUAUUUCGUAGAACAAUAUGAACCGGAGUACCCUGCUCCCAGGCUUGGACCUAAGGAGCAUGCUAAAGUCAUUGCUCGCGAACGUCAAUUUGCCAUCGCCGACGAGUUGUCAAAACAAGCUAGCGAUGAAUACCAAGAUGAUAUUCUGGCUCACAUGCUAGUGAUGGAUUCAGCAACUCUACCAGAUGUGGACUCUAUUGAUAUCCAAACCGAAAUUCAGUGGUUUAUGCGCCCCUAUCUCCUCGACUUCCUCAUAGAAGCCCAUACCGCUUUCCAGCUCUUGCCCGCUACCCUGUUCCUUACGGUCAACUUGCUAGAUCGGUAUUGUUCCAAACGUGUGGUGUACAAGAAACAUUAUCAACUGGUUGGAUGUGCAGCACUGCUUAUUGCCGCAAAGUAUGGAGAUAGGAAAGAUCGGGUUCCAACCAUCAAAGAGCUUAAGACAAUGUGCUGUUCUCAAUACGAUGACGAUAUGUUCGUACAGAUGGAAUGGCAUGUUCUCCAAACGCUUAGUUGGGCGAUAGGUCACCCCACAGUCGACGGCUUUUUGCAAAUGGCGGUGGUGGACACGCCAUAUGACCCGGAAGUAGAACACCUUUCACUCUACAUUCUGGAAAUAUCCCUGUUUCAUAGGGACUUUGUCUCUAAACAAUCGUCGGAUCUUGCCCGGGCCUCGCUUGCUCUUGCUCGAUGUGUUUUGAACCGUCCUCAACCACGGAAUUCCGACUGGUCAUCUCAUUAUGACUCGUUGACCUUGGUGAACCUCUCUCAGCACUUGGUCCAACCAUCGCUAGUUCUUUCCCGAAAAUACUCAUCCGGGCGUUAUUCUCGGGUGUCGAGGCUUUUAGAACAAUUCCUUGCUCACCAGACAUCGAUUCCUAAGGCCUAUAACAGCCCGCCGACACCUUCCCCUGAUUCUUCCGCUGAGCAGCUGAAACCAUAUAAUGGGGAGAUUGGGUUAGCUACACCGCAGAAACCACAGAACCAGUCCACAAUGCCAAAUGGAUAUCUAACCCCUCCAAUAACUCCUGAUAAUGAGGCGUUCGUUAUUGCGAGCCAUGCGAGCAUCCCAAAACCAAUAUCUGGUGUCAUCCAUGCUUCACCCACACCACCUUCCAGUGCUCAAUUUCUGCAAGGUUAUCAUCAACGCCCGGAUGAGAACCCCUACUGCCAACAUCAACAUUUCAGUCAACAGCCAGCUGUCGUGUACCACGGGGUCUUUUUAAAUGGACAGGUGUAG